AUUUCCGAAUAUUUUUCGAUCGGCGUUUGUGAUUAUCACUCAUUUAAGAUGAGAAUCAAAGUAUUUUUCAUACUGUGUUUUAUUACAAAUUUGGCACUUACAACGGGUUAUCCUAACACUAAAUCUGCGGAUAAUGAAAUUAGUGCUCCAGAAAACACAGUUAAAUGUCAUCCAAUUCAGCUCAAUCCCCGCGCUUCAAGAAAUCCCGACAGUCUGAUGCAAAUAUUUUUAUUUCUUAAAAACUCCUACUCCAAUUGAAAUUUUUAACUGAUCCUGUCAAUAGUAGUGAGCUGUUCAAGAAAAACUUUGAAAUCUGCCAAUACUUCCUUCUGAACAAGCCCACAGAGUUUGAUAG